AUGCAGGGAACCAAAGAGAAGAUGAAGGACAUGGGAAGCACAACAAAAGAAAAGUUAAGAGAGUUUUCAGCAAAAACAGAAGAAAAAGCUGAGAAAGCCACUGCAAGAAACAAAGAAGAGAAAGACAUGGUUAAAGAGAAUGCUAAAGCUAAAGAAGCUCAAGCCAAAGCUCAAUUACACCAAGAGAAAGCUGACCACCGUGCUGACUCUGCCGCCGGUCACCGUGGAAGUACACGUGUCCCUCUCACUCAUCACCGUCCGGCCGCCGGCAAUGUCAACUAUCCUGCCUCCGGUGAUCUUCCCGCCGGGGAGAAGUACUUUUAGUUCUUUGCUUUGAUUUCCUUGUUGCUUUGGAGUAGCUUGUUUUUGUUAAUAAAUAAAAUAAAUC